CCGGGGGGUUCAGCCACCCGCCUGAGGAUCGUCAUUAAGCUACUCCGGUCUCCGUAGCAUUAUCUUUCACCUCACUCCGUAACACGCAUCACAUUAGACCUUCCGGUUCAUUGGCAUCCCCCGAAUUCACCUUGCAAUAUGCCCCUGUCAAAAGAAGCCUACCUGAGUGAUUCUUGGAAAGAUGGCCUGUUUACAAAUAAGGUCGUCUUUUGCACUGGAGGGGCAGGAACUAUUUGUAGCGCCCAGGUUCGCGCUCUCGUCCACCUAGGUGCCAAUGCUUGCAUCAUCGGCAGAAACGUCGACAAAACCGAGAAAGCAGCCCAGGACAUUGCGACCGCUCGUCCUGGUUCCAAGGUCAUUGGUAUCGGCGCCGUGGACGUGCGCAAACUGGAAAGCCUCCAAGAUGCGGUGGAUCGUUGCGUUCAAGAGCUCGGUGGCAUCGAUUUUGUCAUUGCCGGGGCAGCCGGUAAUUUCCUUGCCUCGAUCAACCAGCUCUCAGCGAACGCCUUCAAAUCCGUGAUGGAUAUUGAUGUUCUGGGUUCUUACAACACCCUCAAGGCGACUCUACCAUACCUAGUCGAGUCGGCCAAGAAGCACAGAGUGGACUCCAAGACGCUCCAGCCUGCUGCAGCAGGAACGGGAGGACGUAUCAUUUUUGUCAGUGCUACGAUCCAUUAUAGGACCAUGCCUUUCCAAACGCACGUGUCGGUUGCCAAGGCAGGCGUGGAUGCACUAUCGCAUAGUGUGGCUAUUGAGUUUGGCCCUCUGGGCGUUACCUCCAAUAUUAUCGCACCCGGGCCCAUUGCUUCGACAGAGGGUCUCGACCGUCUCCUCCCGAGUGACAGUAUGGAGGCUUACACUAAGUCGCAACCACUGGGCCGAUUCGGCUCGGUACGCGACAUUGCCGAUGCUACCGUGUAUAUCUUUGCGGACACCGGUAGUUACGUCAGUGGUCAAACUCUAGUUGUCGACGGCGCAUCUUGGAGAAUGUCGGCCGGUGGUGCAGCGUAUGGGAAACUUUCGUACCCCGAUUUUCUUCUCUCGGGAGAUGCAGUUCCCAACGUCAAAGGCCAGAAGAAAUCCAAACUUUGAUGGCAUCCCCCGAUUGAAAAAUGAUUUUUUUGUUUGUCCUUCGAACCAGUAUAGAAGCCGUCGUGAACUUCCCUAGCAAGUAUUGUUUAUCUCCCCAGGGGAGAC